AUGGUUGGGAUUGUCGUGCUGCUGCUGCUUGCAGCCAUCCUUCCGGGCAGCCAGGCGCAAAGCCCCUCGCCUCGCACCACCAAUGACUAUAUGAGCAUUUCGAGGGAGAAGCUGAAAGAGGACACGAUCUGGCUGGAGUUGGGGCAGCCGGUGAUGAAAGUGCGCGUCGAGGACAAUGCGCCGGGCUCGAUGCAAGACAUCCUCAACCGCUACUUUACCCAUGCACCCCACGAUCACGAGUCGACGGAGCGGGAGUGCAGUUGCAAUGUGGUAACCCUUCAGUCGAUGGAGCUGUGGAUCGGGGCGGGAGUCGCCACUUUGAUCACAUUGAUCAUCAUCUGCUUGGCCAUCGCCAUCGCUUUCUACAGAAGAUCUGAAAGGGCCAGCCGGGAGACGGAUGAGCGUCGUUCGAAGGAAAAUGGCGCUCAAACCGAGGCGAAGAAAUCGGGC